AUGAGCGGGCUUAGCGCCGUCCGCGGACUCAACGAUGUUGGGGCGGCACAGAUUGCGGAGCUCCUCGAGGUGGCGCUGACGAGGCAGACCGCGGCGCUCGAGGCGGUGAUGGAGGCGAAGCUCGAGGCGAAGCUGGCCGCCCUCGAGACGAGGAUCGGCAGCCGGCUCGCGGCGCUGGAAGCCAAGGCGCCGAACGCGCCGAUGACCGACGCGCCGCUGGACCUGUCGAUGCUGCCGGAGUCGCUUCGCGCCUUUGAGAUCCUCGGCGACGCGGCGGAGAUCAGAGACGCCGCCGCGACGGUCGACGCCGUCGGGCUGGAGCGCACCAUCAUGUUGGCCCCCCGGGACGCCGCCGCCGUCGAAGCCCUCGGGACGUUCGCGACGGCACUCGCCGAGGCGUACGACGCGACGAUCGCGGCGCGGCUGAGGGAAAAGGGCCUCUUCGACCGCUGUUUCCGCGCGAUCAAGGCCGGCGCCGAGGCCUUCGACGACGUAUAUGGCGCCGUGUGGAAGAUGAUCCUCGACGCCGAGUCGGCGACCAAGGCGGCCUACGUCGCCGACGUCGCCGCCGUCGUCGCGCGGCCGCGCGCGGCCGCGGGAGCGAAGCCCAGGCAGGCGACGGCCGAGAUCGCGGCGCUCUACCGCGACGCGGCGGUGGCGCGACCGGUCUUCAACCGCGUCGUCGCCGACGUGGUCGCGGCGUUGCCCUGCGCCGGCGCCGAACUCUCCAUCCCGGACGCGCUCAAGCGGUCGCAGCGCGUCGUCGAGAAAGCCGCGCUCAAGCGAGACGGCAAGGGCGACGUCUCCAGUGUCCUCGACGUCGUCCGCGCGAUGAUUGUGGUGAAGAAGCUCGACCACGCCCGCCUCGCGCUCCUCGGGCUCGCCGCGCGCGACGACGCCCUCGAGAUUGUCCGCGUCAAGGAGCGCUUCUUCGACGCGCCGAGCCGCGGCGGCUGGCGCGACCUCAUGGUCAACGUCCGCGUCUCCGUCGACGGCGUCGCCCACGUCUGCGAGAUCCAAAUCGUCCACGAGAUGCUCCUCACGGCGCGCAAGGGCUUGCCGGGCCACGACGUCUACGCUCGCGUCCGCAACGCCACGGAGCUUCUGGAGUCUAAGCUCGGCGCCGACGUGGCGGGCGACGCUCUCAGCCUCGCGUUCCUUCACGAGGCGACGGGCGGCGGCCACGCCGUCGGCGUCGAAGGCGCACUCACAAGAGCGGCCACCAAGUAUUCCUCGGCGACAAGGGCUGGCUCUCGGACGCGCCACCCGGCGAGUGGCUCGGCGUGA